CCAUACCCCAAGUCAGUCUUCACCAAGACCUUCACUAGUCGACAACUAUUGACAACGGAAAAUAAAUUGUUUCUGGAAUCUCUUGGUUAUCAUGUUGUCCAAUCAAGUGUUCAACAUUUUCCGAAAACCGCAAAUCGAUGAGUCCAUACAAAAGAUAGAAUGGCGGACCUACUAUCCAUAUGUCAAAUCUUUUCGCAACAACGAUGUUAUUGAAAUUAACAUCAAUCAAUCUGAUGCCUACGAUGCUUUGUACGAUAGUCUGCUGUUCAUUAGUGGAAAAGUUGAGAAGACUAAAGGGGACGGUAAGGUGUCAUUCGUAAACAAUGCUGGUGCUUUCAUGUUUCAAUCUGCUAGUUAUGAGCAGAGUGGUAAGGAAUUGGAAGCAGUUCGUGAACUUGGAAUUGUUAGUACUGUUAGAGGCUUUCUCAUCUACACCGACGAAGAUAUCAAACACUUGCCCACCUCCGGUUGGACUUUUCCCGACAAUACAAGCGUCAUCAAUACAAGUCAUCUAACAUUCAACAUGCUCAUACCCAUCAAGCAUUUUUUGAAUAUUUCCAACGAUUAUCAGUGUGUUUCCUACGGUAAAUAUACCAUUCAAUUAGUACGAGCUGGAGAUGAUAGCAACUGUUUCAAAAUAGAGAAGACUCCUCACGCACUAAUGCCGAAAACGGAAGUUAAAUUGAAAAUUGAAAAUAUCGAACUGAAAGUUAAACGAAUCUUUCCGCAUGAUCAAAUUAAAUUGCAACUUUUGAAAGCUAUCCAAGCAGAAACUCCAAUUCUCAUACAGUUCAGAAAAUGGGAACUUCAUAUGCUGCCUGCUCUCACAUAGGGUGCAAAAAAUGAAGUAUGGGCCGUCAAAACUUCCUCGUUCCUCGAAAGCCCUCGCUAUGUGAUUGUCUGUUUCCAAAAAAAUCGUGAUCACACUAAAGUCAACAAUGAACCAACAAUAUUCAAUCAUUCGAUUAUCACCAAUAUAACGCUCAGUCUAAAUGGUGAGAAUUACCCCAAGGAAAAUAUGCAUUUGAAUUUUGCAAAGGGGAAUUUUUCGCAAG